CCGCGGCGGGAGGGAGGAAGGAAGGAAGGCGAGCCCGCGGAGACGGAGGAUGACCCAGCAAGGGGCCGCCCUGCAGAGCUACAACAACGAGCUGGUCAAAUGCAUCGAGGACCUGUGCCUGAAGCGGGAGGAGCUGUCCAAGCAGAUCCGUCAGGAGGAGGAGGAGAAGGGCAGGCUCCAGGGCGAGAUCCGCACCCUGACCGAGCGCCUGGCCCGCGUCAACGAGAACCUGGCCCGCAAGAUGGCCUCCCGCAACGAGUUCGAUAAGACCAUCGCCGAGACUGAAGCCGCCUACAUGAAGAUCCUGGAAAGUUCCCAGACGCUGCUCAGUGUCCUGCGGAAGGAGGCGGGGAACCUCAGCCGCGCCACGGGAGCCACGGAAUCCAAACCCCCCGCAGCGAAGGACAACUGAAGGGUUGGUCUCCAAUCCCUCUGACUCUGGGCUCUUCUCGGGGAGGCGUUUCAUAGGCAAUGUAUAAUAAAGAGGAUUUUGUUUUCCAAA